GCUCUUGAUACGGUCGGACGUGAAAAUAAAGUUUUACAAGUUGGCUAAAUAUCUUGAUACAAGAAAAAAAAGAAAAUUAAACUGAUAAUAUAAGAAAUUGAAAAGAAAUAUUUAAGGUAUACCAAGUCUAACGGUAGUUGAAAAGGAGUAAUGCAUGUUGGAUGAAACCAAACCAAACCAACCCAAACUUGCCUAGAACAAUGACUAAACCCGCAGAAGAGAAACUUAAAAGUAUAAUUAAAUACAAACUAGAUUCGAAAAAUCUUGAAUUCCGUCAAUGGUUUCUAAAACAAUUUGAAGUCGAUGCUACAAAUCUCUGUACUAUAGAAGAGUUUGCUGUAUAUUUUCUAAACUCGCUCAGGCAAUAUACAGAGGUUCAUUUGAAGACAAGUGGCACCGAAACUCCAAAAUGUCAAACGCCAGUGAGAGCAAUAAAAGCGAAUAUUUGCAAAGAAGAAUCGGCCACACCCAGGCGAUUGUUAUUGGAUCUUUCGCAACCAGAUACUUCUACGCCUAAUGAAAAUCUGAGUUUAAAAACUGAUCACUUGAAGCAUAAUUCUUACAGCGAAUUUGAAUCACACUCAACACCUAGACUUAGCACAUCAGUUGAUCGUUUGGGUUAUUCACAAAACAAUUCGACUUCAACACCAGUUAGACGCAAUGUAUCAAAGAACACGCGAAGACUGACGACUACUCCAGGUUCGGCUAAUAAGAGUGCUACUUCCAGUUUAUGCUUGGGAGACUUUCUGGUCAUGAAUACGUCCACGAGCAGUCGUUCUCAGAAAAAGAAAACCACUCCCACAGCAAAUCAACAAACGGCUCAAAAAGCGACAACAGAAAAGCCCAAAAAACGUUUGCAACCCAUUAGUUUAGGUAAAAAGGCGGAACCUAGCAACAAUUCAUCCAUUUUUGCUGGAGAAAGUUCAUUUAGUAAUGAAAAUAAUAUACUUAAGAUAACCAAUAGUGAGUUGGUGGAUAAAGAUCAAUGUGCCAUAUUGGCAGCACGUAAAUCAUUGGUAUUAAAUGCCAGUGAAAUAACUAAAGAAUUAAAAAAUGUUUCUAUACCCUUAAUGCCAACUAAUGCCGAUACAAUGGCCACUAGUAACACGACCAAAGAAACGUUAACUGAGGAAAUGACUCUAGACCUAAAGAAAAUGGGAAAGAAUUUGUCGAUUAAAAGACUGGCAGAAAUUUAUGCCUUAAUUAUUGAUUUAAAUUUGUGCACGAAUAUUUUAAAUGAAUUAACAUUUCUUUUGAAUCUUUUGAAUGCCACUAAUGCGAAUAACCCCAUAACCGAAGUCUGUACAAACAUGGAGCAGUUGCAGUUACAUGACAUCAAUACGAACGAAGAGGAUGAGGGGCUGGCUUGUUUAGAGCAUUUACCAAAUGCAGUUUAUUUUGCUUUGUUGUGCUUGGCCCACGAAAAACGUGCUCUGGGUUCUUUGGAUGCCAAAUCAUUGGGCGUUGUCUUGAUCAGCGAACGUUUCUCUUAUCUAGACGAUGAUGUCAAAUCGUACUUAUUGGAAGUCUAUCAACGUAAACAGCAGUUAGUCGCAGAGAAACCAUUUUGUGACACAUCUUUGUGUUUUGAUGUCAAACCCUGCAACAAUGUGUACUUUCAACAAGAACAAGAUUCCAGAGAAAAUUUCACUUCGCACCAGGAAUUUGCCAACUUUCGAGCGCAAAGAGACUUAUUUUAUAAAUGUUUAAAACAUUGGGAAUCUCAUCAUCUUAAUCCCAUGUGGAAAUUUUCCUCAGAAGUCACACCCAAGAUCAAGGAGAUAUUUCAGUUUUCUGAAAAUUGUAUUAAUAUGGCGCAUUUGGCAAAACUAUUUGUGUCCCAAUUGUUACUAUCCGCCUCGAAUGCAUCUUCGCCCGAGGAAAUUGGCUUGGAUGUGGAUUUGCAAAAGUUUUCUAAACUAACACAACGUUUAAUAGCUCCCAGCCAGUUUAGUGUGGACUAUCAGUUUCCACGCACCGAAGCCUUCUUUCGAGAUUUCAUUCUAGAAGCCCGCUCUCUCGCCUUUGUCGAACAGCUAAAGAUUGAACUGUACACAGAGUUAACAACACAAAAUGACUCUUCAUUAGAUCAAAUCGACAUAAGUAAAGCUGACAAUGAUGCAGACGAACAAAACGUGUCUUUAAUUGACUGCACAGCCAGCGAUAAUGUUGUUGUAAGACCAGAUAUUUUAAACUCUAUGCUAAUAUUGGCCAAAUUUCUUGGAUACACCAUAUCCCUGCCUUACAACCUAAGCAGCUGCAAUACAAUGCCGGCACAAGUUGAAAAGAAUCAAGUGAGACUACGCUCUUUAAUGCAACCCACUUUUGAUCUGUGCGUAAUUCUCGAACAAGCCAUUGAACAGGGCAAACUGUUGAUAGCCAUUCCCUGGUUGGUUCAAUAUUUCGGCAUGUUGGAUAACGUCACAUUACAAUUGGAAAACUAUAUGAAAACUUUAAAACUAAUGUACGCUUUGUAUACCUAUUUGGGUCUGGAGAAUCCCAAACCAUUUAACUCCACCUCCUUGUUUAUUAUAAAACUCUGCUUAGGCUGGUUGUUCGAGUCGAAACAAUUUAUAGCUGAACAAUAUUAUAACUAUAGAGCCACACUUAAAUGCCUCAACUCACAAGAGUCUACAAAUGAGUUGGAGUUCAUAAAAUGUAAAUUGAGAUACAACAUCGAGUCCGAAAACCUAACCCUCAACUCAUAUCUGGAAUCCCUCUUACCUAUUGCUUGCCCCUUCUUGGCUGAAUUUAGAGUUUCCAUAAUGCCGGCGAAAUAUGCUCAAACUAAAAAUGCUUCGAGAACCGGACGUUAUCGCCACAUAACCACCAGAAUUGCUGAACUACCCAGAACAGCGGAUGUCAAAGAAGAUGGAAAUACUUUGAACACUGACCAAAAUAAAUCCACCCAAGUGCAAACAUCGUUGAUACAGGCAUUUUUGCAUUCUCAAAAUGCAUCCACGCGACAAAUCAUAAAGUUUUGCACCGAAAGAUGUUACAAAAGCGUGGUGAAAGAUGGACAAAUUAAGAUACUGCUGCCGUCCAAAACAAACGCAGACAAUUUGGUCAACGAAUUAAUUUCGUGUAAUUAUCACUUUGUCUACAAUAGCAUAAAAACUAUUUACAAUGACGCCUAUGUCCAAGUCGAAAAGGAAUGGAAUGAGUCCAUUCCCAAAAUGUUGAAUAAACGCAUUAACAACGCCUUGGAAAGCCUUCUACCAGAGGAAACUGCAUCCGUUUUAAAGAGAACUUAUUUUAUGAUUAUUGAGAGAGAAGCCAAACAUAAAAUAUCUCAAUGGUUCUGUGCUAACAUUGUCAGAGAGAAUUUCUUUUGUGGCAAUCUUCAAGAAAUGGCCAAUAAAAUUUGUAGUGCUAAUAAAAACAAAGUACAAUUGGGAUCCACACAAUUGACCAUAAUCAAAGACACACCAAGUGUAUCUGAUUUAAUUGAUGAAUUGCAAUACUGGUUACAUUGCACCUCAAUUAGGGUGGAACGAUUCAAUGAUUCCAAACCACUAGUUAAACUAUUAACAAAUCUAAUAAAGGCAUUUGAAAAUGAAUUACCUUCAUUUUUGUAUCAUUUACUGGGUGCAGGCAUUAUACAACUACUCCAGCACAUUAUAGCCAAACAUUUUACACAACUCUCCGAUCAACUGAUAGAAGCAGCGUGUCAGGUGUGGUUGCAUCCAAAUAUGCAAAAGGCUUUAGACAGUUUCUCCUCUUCUGACAUUUGUAUUUACGAUGCCUUAGUCACUGUAGCAUUUAUAGAAUCUCUGGGCACCAAAACCAACUGUUUUAAUCAACUGGGCCACUUGGUUGUGAUCAUGAUAAGAAAACAUGUCAUUACCGUUAAUUAUGCCAAUAAUCUUUUUGUCUCAAUUUUCAAACACGAAUGGCAACCAUUUGUUCUUUCCGAAAUUUCCAACAUGUUAAAGACUAUUGCGAAAGAGACCUCUGGUGUGUCGAAAAACACAAAUGAAAACGAUCGUGAGGAUGAAGACGACAAUGAAAAAUCGAAUUUAUUUAUGGAGAUGUUAGCCGAUUUGUCGAGAGACGUUGAUUUCUUUUAAAGUUACUAUUGUUUUUAAACA